GGGGUCAGUGUAAUAAAGGAGAAGAGAAAAUAAAGUGAGAGUUGCACAAAAAAAAAAAGUAUUAAAAGUGAACGGCAAACUCCACACAUGUACAAGAAAUAAAUUUAGAUAUACAAUUUCCUGCGUGAGAGAUGUCUCGUCCAAUCAGCGGCAAGAAUUCCAUUCGCAAACAAUACUUAUCUUUUCCGGUUUGUAUUUGUUCUUUUGUUUUCUUAUUUGUUAUUUUGUUUUGCACUUCUCGGCCACCGUAGGGAGACAUGUGACCGCGACUAAACUGAUCAUGGAGCAGGAAGGAGACUGGGACGACAUCAGCGACUCUGAACUGCUGGAUAUCCAGUCAGAACAUUUCUGCAUCGAAGAGUUCUCUCAGCCUUCCAGCUCUAGGGCCACAAGUGGAGACACUCAGAUAAAUACCACAAUCCCAGCAACGCUGCCCAGUACCGUGGAGCAGUUAAAGCAGAGUCCUGUUAAAAGAAAUGAAGAGACAGGUGUGAAGAGGAAGCGUGAUGCUGAGGACAGCCAUAUCCCUUCCCUGCGUUUCAGGAAGCUUUACCUGGGUGUCAGCCUGCUGUCUGAGCAGACCUGGUGUGAAAAGAAAGUUGUGUAUGGCAUACUGAAACCUCAACUCAGGAAAAAAGAUAAACAGAGAAUUGAGGUGCAGAGCGGAACUAGCAUUCAUCUAGCAAGAGAGUUGGAGGUCCAUGAUGUCGUACCGAUUAAUAUUCAAACCAGGGAGGAUGCUGUGGCCAUUGGUCUGGUCAACAUGUUAAAUAUGAUUCCGAUUUUAGAGACGGGGCAGUGUGUGCGGGAGUUUCCAGUAUUUGGUGUAGUAGAGGGUGUGUAUUUUAAGGGCAUUAUUGAUGAGCUGAGUUAUAACCAGAAGGGGGAGCUGGUGUUGAAGGAACUAAAAAGUCGUAAGCACGACUCUCUGCCCAGUGCUGCCCAGGCUCUCGGCCAUCACUUUCAGGUGGGCAUGUAUAAGCUUCUGUUUGAUGCACUGGUCAGGGGGGAAGUGAAGAAGGAGCAAAUUCUGGAGCACCUCAAGCUUAAAGCCUCUCUGGCUCUUGGAACUGAGGUCAAAACUCAUGCCGCAAACGUUGGAAUAAUUGUAGCCACCUUCGAUGAACUGCUUGAUGCGUUCUUCCUCACUCUGUCCUGUUCUGAUCUGCCAUGUGUCGACGUGCUUCAGCUGGAGUACUGUCACCAGAGCUCUAGCAGUUUCAUUGGCACCGUGUUGGUGUCGUUUGACGAGGCCCAGAUGAGGACAGAGCUUCGUGGAUAUCUGGAAUACUGGAGAGGACAGAGAGAGCCCAAGGGGGUGGAUAUAGAAGAGGCCUGGAAAUGCACAUCGUGUGUCUAUGAAGAGAUCUGUGACUGGAAAAAAAAUAGAUCUCAGGUUCCUGAGAGUCUUCACACCAGGAAGAGAGUCAACAUGAACUGACAUGCAGUAAUUUGUUUCACCCAGCUAUACUAAUUGCAUUAACCUGUGUCUGUGAUUAUAACUACUGCUUUUAUACUUUUAUUAUGAGUAUGAAUGUCAAUUAUGUAUUUUUACAUAAGCAUAAACUAUCAAUCCCAAAUAGAAAUUUUUUUAUUGCUGUUUUAAUGUCAAAUAUGAUGUGUUAACUUUUGUUACUAAAAUACAAUGUACUUUUUUUAUACAAAAAUUGUUUAAAAAGAGUAACGAGAGUCUGUUAAAACAUUUUAAUGCAUGUAUGGCACAAUCAAACCUCCUGAUUAAUCAUGAUAAAUAAUGCCGGUCUUAUUUAUCAGUCAACCAGUUCAUUAUCUUGUAAAUAAAAGCAGCUGAUCUGAUUUCUCCUGCUC